AUGUCCUCAUCUGCUGUAGCCCCGAAUGCCGACACGCUAUUUCACCAUACGGAGCCCAGUGUCACGAUCCAGCCUCCGGGGUCAACCGACUGGCAGGGCGCUAGCUUGCUGUUCUGGAAAGCCGUCACGACAGCGCGUAUUGGUGUGAAGCUGGGCGUGGCUGACUAUCGCCACGUGGCUAUCGAGCUAGGUCGACACAUUCGAGGACUAGUUAUCCAGCAGCUCGAGGUUGAUAUGGGGGAUGAGGCCAACUGUGACAACCCGCAGAACUUUGAGGACCGGCUUACUGGCGAAGCACGCAGGCAGAACAAGGUCGAGUACGUUUGGGGUUUACAGGCCACGAUCGCGCCCCAUGUGGCCAGAUCGGCUUGGCAGCCCUGCGAAUGCCCCUCAGGAGCGACAAAGACUGGAGUAAUGUUGAUGCUUCCCAUUCCGCGAAUACCUGGACGAGUGGAGGAGGACGAGCUUCCGAGCACCAAUUCGAACAUGUGA